CGGGGUGUGCGCCCGCGGGGAGGCGGCUCUGGACUCUGCACCCCGUCUUGUGUGCGCCCUGCUUCUCGCGGGCUGCUCAGCCCUCCCCUGCCUGCUCAUGGAAGGCGCCGGAUCUCCAUCGACGGGGGAAGAGCUGGAGCUCUCGGUGCUCGGCGGACAGCCGGACGAGCAGAAGCCUCUCAACGGCACCGUCCAGGUCAUCCCUCUCUCGGUCGAGGAGCCCGGCGCAGCCCAGGCUGACAAGGAGAACCCUUGGAGCUCCUGUAAUAAGAAAUUGAUUGGAAAAUGCAAACUGUGGAUGGUCAUUGCCGCUGUUUUCCUAGGUCUCGUUGUAGUGAUCAUCAUAAGCUUAUGUCUUAUUGGAGCAACUUACAUUGAUGAAGAUGAAAAUGAAAUACUUGAAUUAUCAUCAAAUAAAACAUUCUUGGUCAUGCUAAAGGUUCCAGAGGACUGUGCUACUGAAGAGGAGCUGCCUGACCUGCUCAGGAAAAGGCUCACAGAUGUGUACAGUUCAUCCCAAUCUCUGAGUCGUUAUUUUACAUCAGUGGAAACUACGGACUUCAGCGGUGAAAACGCCACCAUCGCCUACCUCCUGCAGUUUGGGGUUCCUUCAGAAGAUGACAAUUUUAUGAAGUAUAGGAUGAGCAAGGAGUUGGUGCUGGGCAUUUUACUACAGGAUCUCCAUGAUCAGAGAGUGUCCGGUUGUGAGACUUUGGGGCUUGAGCCAACAUCCCUCUUGCUCUCCGAAUGAAGUGGUGGAUACGGGUCUGUAUCUGAAAGCAGGAUUCCACUGAGUUUUGGAAUGAGAGCAUUCACUCGUUUUCCAGAAAGGAUCCUGCGAAUUAACCUAGAAGGACUUUCAGUGACUGGAGGGGCAGAGACUGUUCUUUUCUUCCCUAUUCUGCAUUUAUGAAGUCUGGCUCCGUGUCCAGCAAAACAGCACCUACUGGCUACCGCAGCUAAGUUCAGCCUUGACAAAGGCAGGAAGCCAGACCCCACGAGGGUGACUGACACGGGGUAGGUGGGAGGAGCUUGCCGCGGAGCUUACCCUGUGGGGUUAAUGCUAUUCUUGGAGCACUCAUUACCCCCACCCACAUUGUGGACACUUUCUCUUGAGUGCAGAGGUGACCUUUCUGGCAAGAUCUCAUCAGCCCGUGCUGGUGGAAUGAGAACACAGCAGACAGGCAGGGGGUGAGGGACAACUGAGCCCCUCACCCUCUGAAGCCCCCCUCCCAUUCCCCCGCUCCCCGGUGUGAUAUUUGAUCUACCUCUAAGCAAGACUGUGAGGAAGGCACUUGGCAAGACCAGAGAGAGCAGCAGAGUCCGCACCUAUUUCCAUGACCUGCGGAUCUUAGCACACCAGCCUUAGACACAUCGUCCGCCGUUACCGUGUUACGUACAGCUACAGAAAAACGGUGUGUGUUUCUCAUUUCCCAUCUUCUCAUUGCUCCCUGACCCCUGAACACCCCUUUUGAAAAGUGGGUCCCUACACAUUUUGGGUUUUGAACACACAGCUAUCAUUUGGGAUAGUUUUGCCAAUUUUACAGUUUCUCAAACUUCCAUCAGAGAAACAUUAAGGCCGCUUAGCCUUCUGCUCUUAAUACUACAUGCUGGCUUUUUAUUGUCCAAUGUUCCUGACCUUCCUGUAAAACUCAGUGUCUUCAAGCAAUGGUGGUUUAUCUUACUGAAGCUGGUGUGAAGCAGGAAGAACCACUCUGAAAUAAACUUACUGCCAAUCUGUUUGCAGGCUGAGGGGACCAUUAGUGACCGUAUUGAUCCUCCGCGGGUAAAGAAUCACCCGGCAUGAGGAAGCACAGUAUUUGUUUGGUUGGGAAAAUUGUUUUGCUGGAAAUUCUCCAAGAGAGAAUGUUACAAUCAUGUAGUAAGAGAUUCUUAGCCCCGUGGCUCAGUGAAGUUGCCUGUGGGUGGACAUCAGUCUGAGGGGCUGUUUGUGUAUGUGGUUGUGUCCAAAUGUGUGUCUCAACUUAGAUUUGCCUUGGUCUUUUUGUGAGCCAGGCCUCUGGAAAAUGUGAAUUUGCUUUCUUAUGAAACUAGAGGGGACACUUAUUGUAAACUGGGAGUCUCGUUUUGAGGAUAGUUCCUUAAACUAGUGAAAUAGGUGAAUUUCCCUUCUUCCUCUUUAUUUUUUACGUGUCUAAUGUUAAGUCUUAGUGUGUUUGUACUUUUUAGGAUGUAAUGAAUAACUUUAAUGGAGAAGGAUUUAAAAAUAUUUACAAUAAAUUAUUUUU